AUGGAUAACGAAAUGGAAGAGCUGGUCGUCCACGGAAGCCGCGAGGGGGCUCUUCCGGCGGAGCCCCGCGGCGGGGGCGCCAAGACGGAGCUCUCAGUAGACGAAAUCAUCGAGGGGCACGUCGGGGCCCUCGGACGCUCGCAGAUCCUCCAAGUUUUCCUGGUCUCGCUGGCGUGGAUUUUUGACUCUCAGGGCACCCUUAUUACCAUCUUCGCCGAUGCCCAGCCGGCGUGGAGGUGCAAGGCCCACGCCGCCGCCUGUUCCCCCGGACCGUCCAUGUGCCACCUGGCUCCGGGAUCCUGGGAGUGGGUGGACGGCGAGAAGAGCUCCACGGUGGCGGAAUGGGGGCUCAUCUGCGACCGCAAGUUCAGGGCUGGAAUCCCCGCUUCCGUCUUCUUCCUCGGCUCGCUCUUCGGCUCCGCCGUCCACGGCCGACUGGCGGACAAACACCUCGGGAGGAAGAAGACUGUCCUCUUGUCCUGCCUCCUCACUGCGGUCACUGGCUUUGUCACCUCGCUCUCUCCCAACGUGUGGGUCUAUGCGCUCCUCCGCUUCUCGAAUGGCUUCGCCCGCUCCGGCAUAGGCAUCUGCUGCCUGGUCCUCGCCACGGAGGCUGUCGGCCGGAAAUGGCGCGGCCAGGUGGGGCAGUACGGGUUCUUCUUCUUCACCGUCGGCUUCCUCUCCCUCCCCGCCAUCGCCUACCCCACGAGAACCUCCUGGAGGACCAUGUACAGGGUCACCUCCCUCCUACCCUUGGCCUACUCAGUUGUCGUCCUGCCCUUCGUCUUCGAGUCCCCUCGCUGGCUCGCCGUCAGAGGCCGGACCAAGGAAGCCAUGGAUGUUCUGACCAGACUGGCGAAGCUGAACGGGAAGACACUGUCACCGGAGCUGGCCAUUGCCAAUCCCGUCACUCCCUCCGCCGGCGAGGGGAAGGAGAGCCUGUGGUCCGCCAGGUGGGCCAUCAAGCGGAUGCUACUGAUGAUGCUGACCGGUUUCGGAAUAGGGUUCCUCUACUAUGGGGUCCAGCUGAACGUAGAGAACCUGGACUUCAACAUCUACUUCACGGUCGCCGUCAACGCACUGAUGGAGAUCCCUGCGGUCUUCCUCGGCAGCGUCCUCCUCGCCUUCGCCGACCGCCGACUCGUCUUCUCCUCGUCCUCCUUCGCCGCCGCCGCCUCCUGCGUCGCCUGCAUCUUCCUUGGCAGGUGCUGCUCACUGAGCUCGAGCGUCCUCCCUUCCAUCAUCCCUGAUUAACGCCAGCUGUUCUUGCAGGGGCAAGACGAGGACGAAGGGAAGUUGGCCACAGCUGACGGUGGAGGCCAUCGGGUUCAUGGCGGCGUCGCUGGCCUUCGACGUCCUCUACAUCUACUGCGUGGAGCUGUUCCCCACUAACGUGAGGAACCUCGCCGUGUCGGUGCUGCGGCAGUCGCUGAUGCUGGGGGCGGCCAUUGCCCCCCAGCUUGUCGUGCUGGGCCGGGUUACCCCCAAGCUCUCUUUCCUGAUCUUCGCCUGCUUCGCGCUCUUCAGCGCCUCCCUCACGAUCUGGCUCCCGGAGACCAGGAACACCCCACUGUACGAGACCAUGGCGCAGCAGGAGAAAGAGGAGAAGCAGGCGGCGGGCCCUGGCACAGAGACGGAGCUCCCCAAGCGGGACUCUCCUCUCCCCGACGCAUGA